AUGGCGGCCAGUGUAAUUGGCAUAGGACCUUCUUGGUUGUACAGAAGGCAAAUGGGCAUGAAAAAUUGUCUCGGUACCAAAAAUCACAUAUACGAACAAAUGUAUUCAAAUAUACUUCCUUACGGAAGCUGGGACCACACUUUUAAUAAUACUUACACUAGCGUACACGGUGGUGUUUUCUGUUUGGAAUUUUCACCGGAAGGUUCUCUAUUAGUGGCAGCCUGCGAAAAACGAAGCGUGCUGUUGUUCGAUCCCCUUACCCACAAGAGAAUCAACACAGUAGAAAAUGCUCAUUUGGAUUGCGUGAACUGUAUAAGGUUUUUAGAUUCGAGAUCGUUCGCGACUUGCAGUGAUGAUUUUACUGUCGCACUUUGGGAUGCUAGAAACCUAAACAAAAAAGUGAGAACUUUGAAAGGUCAUUCAAAUUGGGUCAAAAAUAUUGAAUAUUCUCCACAAGAUGGUCUGCUUGUAACAUCUGGAUUUGAUGGAAGCAUUUUAACUUGGGAAAUGAAUACAUACAGAGAAGAGGGUGUUACAUACAAAAAAAUUUUUUCAACAAAUGGUCUCAUGAGAACAAGGUUGACCCCUGAUGCAUCUAAAAUGAUAAUAUGCACAACUGGAGGUUAUUUAAUAAUAAUACACAACUUGGAUUUAAAUUCAAUGGGUCAAGAUCUAGAAGGAUUUAAACCAAACAUGUAUCGUUUAAUGCAACUAAGUCAAACAGUUCUUCCGAUUGCAUCAGAUUUUACUCACUUGUUUCGAGGUCAUGGAAAGCGAAAUAGAGUAGAAUUCAUCACAGAUUUUCCAGAAGGAGAUGAUGCAGAAGUUGUGUCUUCUCUUCAAAUUCAUCCAGAAGGUCAUUUAGCCAUUAGUAGAAAUGUUAGCAACAAUGAAAAGUCUGAGUGGUCUUGUAUUCACAACAUAGAAGAAAUAAUGGGUUCAGAUGAAUCAGAAUAUGGAGAUGAGGAAGAUGAAAUUGAUGUAUGCAGACCAAUGGAUUGGGCAGGUUCAACUGAAUCAAUAUCAACAACUCCAAGCUAUAUUAUUCAGCAUUCAACAAAUGAAAGACCAGGAAAUACUGAAAGAGAAGUUUCCGAACAUCGAGACUUACCUGUAUCGGCUUCUGACGUUUGGGAAGCACUUGUUGCUAUACAAGAAGCAAGAAUCAGACGGGAGACCGAUCGAUUGGCUUCAGAAAUGUCAGUUGGUCAAAUGUUCAGACGUCAGGCGAUGGACACAGAUAUUCAAUCUAGAUCGGUUAUUUUUAAUAAUCGAAUAUUCGUAACUAGAGUUUUACCUGGUUUAAAUCAUACAAAUAAUAGUAAUGGAGAGUCCACUCAAGGAUCCGUAGAAUCAUCUUCUGAUGUCCAUAAUACCACACUUCGAAGUUUGAGUGUUUUAAAAUCUAAAAAUAAUAAUUAUCGUAAAUACCGUUCUUCAACAUUUUUCGGAUCUUGUAGGAUGAAUUCAGAAAGGAAAAUACUUGCUAGACAGCGAUACACAUCUCUUUACCGACGAUCUCUUGUUGGUCAGUACGAUCGAACUUCAAUUUAUCGAAAACCAAUUUAUAAUAGAAGAAAAAUAAAAUUGAAAAAAUUGAAACCUAGCGUUAAAUUAAAUACAAGCUACGAAAUAAACGAAACACGUAGAUUGCAAGGUGAAUCAGAAAAUGAAAGGCUGUUAGUAACUCGUGAUUCAAGAGGGGAAGCUUCUUGUUCUAAAACUUUUAGUUCCGAAACUAAUAAAAAUUUAUCCAAGUGUCUAAAUUUAAAUUUUAAAAAUAUUACACCGGAACUAAAUUCAAAUGAUAGUUUUUUGCAAGAAACUUUACCCACAGUGAAUGAUUCCCCUAAUUGUCCAAGAAAUGAUUUAAAUGUGAUCGAAGAUAACGAAAACACUAAUCGUGUCAUUAGUAAUAAUAGUAAUAAUAAUAAUAAUAAUGAUAAUAAUUUAAAUGGUGAUCUAAACACUUCGUGCGAAGCAAUAAAACGAGGAGAAAGUGCUAUAACCGAUGAUGGAGAUUUUAAAAAAGAAAUUAAAAAAAGGAAUAUGUGUAGGAAAAUUGAUUACACCGAAUCUUCACGUACGAAUUUUGAAGGAUCUGAAUCACAAUCAUCAGAAGGAAAUGAUUUCAAAAAUUUAGAAAAUAACCAUUCAUCAUCUUCGAGUGCGUCUCACCGAAAUGAAACUUUGACGUCUUCUUCUCAACUUCCCGUAGAAACAACCGAAUCCGCAUCAUCUAAAAAGAAAAAAACAAUUUUAAUGGGAGUAUUUAAGGCUGGAAAUGAAAAUGGGAUUAAAGGAACUAGCAUGAGAAAACAUAAUGUAGCCACGGUCACAGUAUCCUCACCGACUUCAAUAGCGACAAAAUCUUCUUCGAGCAAAAAUAAUUUAUCUCAAACCGAAGAGCAGAAUCCAAAAGGAAAUUUUCAAUAUAAAUCAAGUAGAAAUAUAAAUGAUUGCACUCGUAGGAACGAAAAUAGUUGUGUCGCCAAAAGAAAUUGUACAAAUGUUAAAACAGGAAACACCUGUAAUGUUGGCACAAGUAAAGAGAAAAAAAAUAAUACAUCGUCGUCGAGAAAUUCUAUUUUAUCCUUAAAUAAAAAAAUACAUUUAAAUACAAGAAGACUGACACAUUAUGUUGAAGAGCCUAAUUUGGGUAGAGGUUUUAUUAAAGAACUCUGCGUUUCUCCUGACGGUAGAAUAAUAUGCUCACCAUUUGGAAACGGUAUACGACUUUUGUCAUUUUCAGCUACAGUCCAAGAUGUCUUUCACUGUUAUCCGCCUUCUCCUCCCAUACCCCUACACGAGCUUACCCUAAAUAUAGCUCAUACGGAUAUCGUAGUCAGUACUAAAUUUAGUCCUUUUCAUAAUCUUUUGGUAAGUGGUUGUUUGUCGGGAAAGAUAGUUUAUUAUCAACCGUUUUUUUAA